CUGAGCUCCAAAAUUUCCACCUCCUAUCAGUUGCUUUUGCAGCAGACACGUCCUCGUCGGACCAAAGCUUUCCCAAAGGCAGUGAACGUGUGGCAGCUCGCGGGAGCGCGCAGAGCGAAAAGUGGAAAGCUUUCAUCAGUGAUCUGAGUUCCAAAAUUUCCACCUCCUAAUCAGUUGCUUUUGCAGCUGACACCCCCACCCCCGCCCCGGUUCUAAGACAAUGAUGGAGCUAAUGACCACGACCCCUUUCUAUAGCAUCAUCAAUGCAACAGAUUUUACUGGAAGAAAUGGCUCUUUGUAUAAGGACGAUGAAGAGUAUGACUACAAGGAUGAUCUUGCUGAGCUGAGGCAGUCUCUCAACAUCAUGUCUCUCAUUGUUUACAGCCUGGCCUUUGUUCUCGGUGUGCUGGGGAAUGGAGUGGUUAUCUGGGUGACCGGGUUCAAGAUGAAGAAAACAGUUAACACUAUUUGGUUCCUCAACCUUGCCAUCACAGCUUUGGAUUUCCACUGGCCUUUCGGCAAGUUCAUGUGCAAACUCAACAGCACCAUAAGCUUUCUAAACAUGUUUGCCAGUGUCUACAUCCUGGUUGUCAUCAGUGUGGACAGAUGUGUGUCUGUGGUUUGGCCUGUCUGGGCCCAGAACCACCGAAAUGUACGCAAAGCAUCCUGUGUGAGUCUGGGUGUGUGGGUCCUGGCUCUGAUUCUCAGUGCUCCAUACUUCAUCUUCAAAGACACUGCAACAUCAUUUUACAAUAAAGACAUCAUCAACUGCUACACCAACUAUGCUCUUUCUGAUGACUAUGAAAGCUUGUCUGUGAAUCAGCUGAGACGGUUUCGCCAUAAGGUCAUGGCAAUCACCCGCUUCCUCCUGGGAUUUGUUGUCCCCUUCACUGUCAUCGUGUCCUGUUAUGCUGUGAUAGUCCAUCGCCUCAGGAGGAGCCGCACCCUGGCCAGCCAGUCAAGUCGCUCUUUCAAGAUCAUUGCUGCUGUUAUCGCCACUUUUUUCCUGUGCUGGGCUCCUUAUCACAUCAUGGGUCUGAUUGAGAUGGUGAAUCACACAGCUGUUCAUCCAAGUGAAACACUGCACCAUGUGACCACUAUCGGGGUCCCCAUAGCCACCAGCCUGGCCUUUCUCAACAGCUGCCUCAACCCACUGCUGUAUGUGUUUAUGGGCCAAGAUUUCAAGGACAAAGUCCGCAAAUCCAUUCUGAAUGUACUGGAGAAUGCCUUCCAGGAAGAGGUUUCUCGGUCCUAUACCUACACAAAUUCGGUGGUCACCAUUCGAAGUAAAGACAAGUGGGGACAACAAGGGGACAACAAGGAUGACGAGAGCUGUGUAAUCAACAACAAUGACCACGCAAUUAACUGUUUGCCAGACAGGAACAAGGAUGUCACGAAUAACUCAGCUUGUUUAAAGUGGCCUAGAACAUGGUUAAAGACGAAGACAAUGAGUUAUGACAUUUCUGAUACUGAGGUUUAAGGUUGACCAUAACAUGAAUAAAAAAGUAUGAAUAAACAAAUAUACUAACUGUAUAUAGCUAAUAACUUCUUUUGUUGCUUUUUCAUUCAGUGGCUCUGAAUAAUAAACUGAAGCAUUUUACCUGUUAAAGUUGGGUAGAUAUGAGAAUUAUAAUUGCCUGACUGGUCUGAUCUUAAAAUAAUCAG